UGUGCUCUGUCAGAGGUGCUGCCGGUGAUCGGUGUGUGUGCUCUGUCAGAGGUGCUGCCGGUGAUCGGUGUGUGUGCUCUGUCAGAGGUGUUGUCGGUGAUCGGUGUGUGUGCUGUCAGAGGUGCUGCAGGUGAUCGGUGUGUGGUGUCAGAGGUGCCGCUGGUGAUCGGUGUGUGCGCUGUCAGAGGUGCUGCCGGUGAUCGGUGUGACAACGCCUAUACUAAACGGCAAAGUCAGCCGGGCCACACAGAUAUCACGUGUCACAUGACACCCCCAGACACAACCAACUACUACUUCUCCCGCCCCCCUCACCGCAUCCAACAAUAUUAUAAAAGUGUGGAAACUUUUUGA